AUGAAAAAUAAUUUUGAGCAACUUAUUCCUACACUUCAAAUAUCUUCAUCAUACAAUAAUAAUCUUGAAUUAUUUCGUAUACUUGCAUUAUUUAAUAAAAAUUUAAUUUUUAAUUAUGAAGAUAUUGAAACUAAUAUGAAAGGUUCAUUACUUUUUCCUGAAACAAUUGAAUGUAUUAAUACUAUAUUCGAAAGAUUUGAAAAACUAAAUAAUGAAAAUGAUCCAUCACGUAAUUAUGUUAUGACUGAUCAAUAUAAAUUCUAUUUAAAUCAACUUCGUCAAUCACCAUUAUCACAAUCGAUAUUUACUGCUAAACAAUUAUUUUAUAUUAAAACAUGUUCAUUUUUUUUAGGUGUAUAUUUAUUUGUAAAAGGUCCAGAUUUUUCUUAUCUUUCUGAAGAAUUAAUCCAUCAUUUUGAUAUUGAUUAUGUACAAAUAAUUCUUCUUCAUACUUAUACUAUAGAAUCCUGGAGUAUAGAAUUAUUAAGAUGUAUUACUUCUCUAACAGCUCUUUUCUCUGCUUGUUGA